ACAAUGUCAAGAUGAAGUUUAAUCACUCAUUGUUUAAAUUCAUGGAAACAGUUUUAAAUAUAGAUUUAACGCUUUGUUCCGGAAAAUAAAUUAAAACGAGGCUUGUUUCGCCUUCAGAUAUGCCGGUAGCUGUGAGCGGUUACUUUGUAAAAUAAACUACAAAGUUGUGACACAAUGUUUGUUUAUUUAUAACAUAUUCUUUCUUAAACAAAACAGCUAUUUGUUAUGUUACUAUUUUGUUUGAAAUUGUUUUGACAGUCUGUGAAAUACUGGUGUACGCUCUUUGGAAUACUUGCGAUACAAUCGAAUGGAUCCAUAAUAUGGAAUUAAAUUCUCUGUUCAGAUACUAUUGAUGAUCUGAUAUCAGAGAAAAUGGCGACCGCCAGUCCAGGUCAAGCUUCGCCGGCAAAGGCGCAGCAGAAUCGUUGCCGUCUUUUUCGUCUGCAAAUGCUGAUUAUUGACGGCGGACUACAAAUACUAAGAAACAUUUUUGAUAAAAAACUGAAAAAUGUUUCUCUAAGCGCAUUUUUGCAAAAAGAGAGGUCAACAAUAACCAAAUUAAGAUCACGCGGAAUAAUUACUCAGGUGCAAUAUGAUCUACUGUUUCCAUCAGGUGGCAGCGGUCCAGCUACAACAGACCUAGACAUCACGUUAAUCAUAUGUCUCCUUAGAAACAUCAAGUCAUUCGGGCUGAACAAGAACUUUCAAUGGAACUCAAUUCCUGCACAAGGUGAUACCUCAGUUGAGGCUGAUAUUUCCCGUCUGAAAAUGUACAGGAACGAGCUCAGUCACAUAUCUUCAACAAGUGGAAUAACGCUGCCUAUCUUUACAACAAAGUGGACGGAGAUCGAACAGGUUCUUUUGAGGUUGAACUCGGCGGUGUCUCCCAUACCACAUCUACAAAAGAUGAUUGAUGACUUUAAAGUGAAUCCACUCGAUCCACAGGCGGAGAUAAGGGUACAGAAGGCCAUAGACAGCUGGCAAAUGUUAGAAAAGGGGGUAGAAGCUGAUUUAAAACUGUUGAAAAUUGAGGACGAGAAGAUAAAAUAUACUCUGAAUGUACAAGGUCAAACUGUGAGAAAGCAUGCACAGAGUAUUGGUGAAUUAAACAAGAAAACGUCUGAACAUGAUAAACAAAUACAUGACCAUUCUAAACAAAUACAGGAAUUAAAGGAAGAAACUAGAAAAGAUGUCACAGCAGAGACAGAAUCAAUGCGACAGUCUCAAUAUGAAGAGUCGAAAAAAAGUAAGUAAAUGCUAUUUAUAAGAACAUAAUUAAAAGAUGUGUGGUAUGAUCAACAAUCAGUAAAAUUUAACACAAUGUUUAUUUAGAACAUUUGUUCUUGCUGUGGUUAAGUAUAUGAUUUAUUAAUGUAUUGAGACCUUUCUGUUGAAAAUGUGUCAGGGGUAAAUCGUACACAUAUACAUGCACAGUGCGUUAACUGGAGUACGGGUAUAAGUUACCCGCACUCCAGAGCAUGCCCAUUGAUUGGCUCAUUUUUGCUGGGGUUUACAUAUUGUGACGGCAGAGAAAGGGAAAGGAGCAGAAAUAUCAUAUUCAAAUGCUCGUUCAUUGGUUAAUUUUUUCUGGGGUUUCAUUUUAUGACAACAGGGAACGUGCUAUCAUAUUUGACUAUGAUACAAAAGAGAAAGAACACCAAAACACUCGACAAUCUGAUUUAUACUCGGGGGCUACGCCCCCUCGUACAAAUCAGAUAGCCUCGUGCUUCGGUGCUCUUUCUAUUACGUAGAAAGAAUAUAUUCAAACUAAAUAUAGAAGAACAUAUAUUUGAAAUGGUUCUUGUAAUACCUGCAUAUUUUGUCUGUAUUGCAAUUCAUGAGUUUGUGUUUAUAUUUUGUUCACUUGAUUUUUAAACCCCAUCCUUCUUAUUUAAAAUUAUAAGGUUACAUUAAAAUGCAUGAAACAUAUAUGUUUAUACUUAUGAGCCAUGUAAGCCCUCUUUGUCUUUAUUUAUAGUUAUAAGAUCGUCAUGCAUAAUGCAUUCUAAAAAAAGU